ACUCUUACAGCUUACAAUUUAUAGAUAGAUAGUGUACUCUCUCUCACUGUAUGUGUGUGAGUGUUUCUGGUGGAGUCGCAAAAAAAAAAGAAUCGCAUUCUCUCUCUGGUAAAAAAUGCAAGGAGCUCUUCGAUCAUUUUUGUCAAAUGGAAACAUUGUAAAAAAUGCAGUGUUACAACACAUCCGUCCAAUGACUCCCUUGAUGCAACCUGUUAUGUUUUCACGCUUUGAGUCAGUUACAGCUUCUCGCAUGGAAGAGCAAGGUUUUGAAAGCACUACAAUUUCAGAUGUCUUGAAAGCAAAAGGUAAAAGUGCUGAUGGCUCCUGGCUUUGGUGCACUACAGAGGACAGUGUUUAUGAAGCUGUUAAGUCGAUGACCCAUCACAAUGUUGGGGCCUUGGUGGUUGUGAAACCUGGAGCGAAAGAAGCACUUGCUGGCAUUAUUACGGAGAGAGAUUAUCUGAGGAAGAUCAUAGUACAGGGAAGAUCAUCCAAGUCAACCAAGGUUGGGGAUAUCAUGACUGAGGAGAACGAGCUUAUCACAGUCACACUUGACACCAAAGUUUUGCGGGCAAUGCAACUGAUGACAGAUAACCGUAUCAGGCAUAUUCCAGUUGUAGAUGGAAAGGGAAUGAUAGGUAUGGUGUCCAUUGGAGAUGUGGUCCGUGCUGUGGUUAGUGAGCACCGGGAGGAGCUAGAACGCUUGAAUGCUUAUAUACAAGGAGGUUACUAGAUGAUGACGACAAUGGUGAUUAGAUGCUCUCGAAAACUUCAUCAAAAGAUUACCUGCUCUUUGAACACUAAUAAGCUUGAGUACUUGUAAAUAUGGUGUGCUGUUUGCAAUUUCUGUUUUAUGGUUAUUUCAGUUUCGGACGUGGAUGUAAAAAUGAUGCAAAAAACCAGCAUAAUGUCUACAACCUAAUAAUAAGCACUGCAAUGUUGGAUGAAAUUUCUU